AUGAUACUGUGCGAGGUUGAUGAUUUGCCCUUGUCAACCAGGUUCCAAGCUGCUACGCACGUAGUCGACUUUGGUCCAGGUGGAAUGUCUGGGGUCGGUUCCCUCUUGUUGCGCAACAAAGAGGGUACGGGAUUGCGAGUGAUUCUUGCCGGACUUGCCGAAAGUUCUAUCCCUGAGCUCGGAGACAUAGCCGAGCUUCUGAGUGACAUGCCCAUCUUUGGUGCAAACUGGGCUGCAAAAUACUCCCCACAGCUGGUUCGAACGAAAGAAGGUUUCCAGAUCCGGAACAAAAUGACCCGCCUUCUCGGGCUCCCGCCAUGCAUGGUCGGGGGUAUGACGCCGACAACAGCUUCCUGGGAUUUUGUCGGUGCUAUCAUCUCAGCGGGCUAUCACGCGGAGGUCGCAGCAGGUGGACUGCACACUGCAGAAGACUUCAAUAAUACUAUCAAGAGCCUCGCCAUCCUCGUCAGAUACGGUGAGCAACUUCCGCUAAUUCGAAAGCUUCGUUCUGAAGGGUUCCCAAUCGACGGCAUCACCUUCGGCGCCGGUGUUCCAUCCACUGAGUCUUUACGAGAAUAUCUGGAUAUUGGCUUGAGAUACCUGGCCUUCAAACCUGGGUCGGCCACUGCAAUUGAUCAAGUCAUCGCAAUUGCACGCGCGAAUCCGGAUGUUCCAAUCGUUUUACAAUGGACUUCAGGUCGGGGCGGUGGCCACCAUUCCUAUGAAGACUUCCAUGACCUGAUCAUUAAGACGUACGCCAAGAUCAGACGAUGUGAUAACAUUGUCCUGCUUGCCGGAAGCGGCUUUGGUGGUGCGGCAGAUACCUAUCCUUAUCUUUCUGGAAAUUGGUCUUCUCGAUUCGGUCUUCAGCCAAUGCCAUUUGAUGGUGUCUUAUUCGGCAGCCGGAUGAUGGUCGCCAAAGAGGCUCAUACUAGUCAAGGAGCCAAAGAAGCGAUCGUGGCAGCUCCCGGAAUCAACGAGGAAGCUUCAUGGGAACAAAGCUACCGGAAUCCAGUCGGCGGCAUCAUCACAGUCAAUAGUGAAAUGGGCGAGCCAAUCCACAAGUUGGCGACGCGAGGUGUUCUUCUCUGGCGAGAACUCGAUGAUAAGGUUUUCAGCAUAUCGGACAGGGCGCAGAGAAUACAAAAACUGAUGGAGAUGAAACCCUACAUCAUCGAACGGCUCAACAAAGACUUCCAGAAAGUCUGGUUUGGACUUGACAGUCAGGGCAUCGCUGUUGACCUAGAGGACAUGACCUACGCCGAAAUCAUCGGGCGCCUCAUUCAGCUCUGCUACAUCAAGACAGAAUCUCGCUGGAUUGACAAAGGCUACAAGCAGCUGACAGCAGACUUUAUUCGUCAGACGUAUAGCCGCCUUCAGUGCUCUGCGUCCGCAGAAAUUGAUAUGGAGCAACCGCUACAGGGCCUACAGGAGGUAAUGGUAUGCUGCAAAAUUGCAGAAAAAGAGGUGGUGACAUACAGCGACGCUCGAUACUUUAUUCUUCUCUGCAAACGCCAGGGUCAGAAACCACCUCCCUUCAUUCCCGCCCUCGAUGAAGACUUUGAAACGUGGUUCAAGAAGGACUCGCUUUGGCAAUCGGAAGAUCUUGCUGCAGUGGUAGAUGAAGACGCUGGACGCAUCUGUAUUCUGCAAGGCCCCGUUGCCGCAAGAUAUUCCAAAAAGAUCAACGAACCCGUGGCUGAGAUAUUGGGCGAUAUUUGUCAACAGCACAUUAGCCAAAUACUCAGAGAUGCAUACAACAGUGACGAAACGCUCAUCCCGUCCGAUGGAACGGUACUCCGACUCGGAAAACCAGCACAACACACCGAUGUCCCGUCAUGCUGUCGUGUCAGCCGUCAAGGAUCUGAGACUAUUUACUACAUAGAUGAGACAGCAUCUCAAGAGAGACUACCACAUAUGGAUGGCUGGACCAGGGCCCUUUUGGGAGCUGAACGGUCGUGGCUAUCCGCCCUCGUCAUGUCAGAGGACAUCAUGCGGGACAAAAUUGUCAUCCCGAAUCCAAUUCGGAGGGCACUUGCCCCGCUCCCUGGUAUGCAAGUUGUGGUAGCUCAUGCUACGGUACCGUCGGCACUUUCUCUCGUCGUUUAUGAGAACGCCUCCAAUGGUCUUCCAUCAUUGGAGAUCCGCAAGAAAGGCGAUCUGAUAUUUGUGACGGUGUUUGUGCACGAUUCCGUUGUAGGAAACAUACUUUCUCUUUCAUUCCGAUUUGCGCAUCGCCCCGAUACCCCCCUUCAUCCCAUCUGCGAGAUUAGUGAAGGUCGUAACAAAAUGUUGAGGAACUUUUACGAUCGACUCUGGUUUGGAUCUGAGGUGUGCCGGGCAGAGCCAGAUACUUCAGAACUCAACCUGUCGAAGCUUGUUGUCGAAAGCCACCCAACUAAAAUUUCUCUGUCCUCCGUUCAGGCUUUCAUGGACAGCAUUGAGAGUCCGGAAGGAAGGGGCAUUUUCAAGGAUGUUGUACCUUUAGAUCAUUGUAUCGUUGUUGCAUGGGAGGCCAUGAUGAGAGCCACCUUUGCCGGCGCCAUUGGAUGCGACUUUCUGAGUCUUGUACACCUGUCAAACCGGUUCACUUUACUGAGUGAGAAACCCCUUGGCAUCUGCGACAAGGUGACCAGUACAGCCGAGAUAAGAGCGGUCCGGAACCUCUUGUCUGGACGAUCAGUUGAAGUCGUCGCUACCAUUACCCGUGACGGUCUUCCAGCUGUCGAAAUCACCUCAGAAUUUCUCUUUCGGGGCACAUACACCGACUUUAGCGUCUGCUUUGAAAAGCGAAAGGAACCUAAGAUGGUGCUGACCAUUGAUCAUGUGGCUGAUAUUUCUGUUCUCCAGAGCAAAAAAUGGGUGUCAUUGGAGCCAGACUUUGACCCGUUCUGGAUGUACAGAUUCACCCACAUUGCGAUGAAAGAUGGUCUGAGAGUGCUAUCAUUUCAGGCCAUUGACUCAGAAAACAGACAAGUUGUUGUGGAGGGUGAAGCAGAAGUCGAUCAACUGCUCACGGCGUAUGUCUUCACUGGUCAAGGAAGCCAAAAGGAAGACAUGGGAAUGGACCUCUAUGCCACCUCUGAAGUAGCAAGACAAGUCUGGGACGAGGCCGACAGGUUUUACUCCGAUACAUACGGCUUCUGCAUCAGCGAUAUCGUCAAGCGAAACCCCAAGCAACUCACUAUUUUCUUUGGAGGAAGAAAGGGCAAAAAACUUCGAGAGAACUACAUGACGAUGAUGGUUGAGUCUAUUGAUGGACAGCCAGAACGAUUCUUCAAGUCAAUAAAGCCCACGACAACGAGCUACACAUUUCAACAUAAUGCCGGUUUGCUUUUCAGCACUGAAUUUGCCCAGCCAGCUCUUACUGUCAUGGAACGCGCUCAAUUCUUGCACCUGAAAGAUCAAGGCUUGGUCACUACGACCGCACUAUUCGCUGGCCACUCACUGGGCGAGUACACAUCUCUCAGUACGAUUGGCAACAUCAUGUCUUUCCAAAAUCUUCUCUCAGUGGUGUUCUACCGCGGUCUUACGAUGAGAAGUGCCGUCAAGAGAGAUGGCCAGGGACGUUCCAAAUUUGCCAUGGUGGCAGUAAACCCUAGUCGGGCCAAUACUACAGCAGCCGUACUUCUGAAGGUUGUGACAACCAUCGUCAGCGCUUUGCCUGAAGACCUACUGGAAAUCGUAAAUUACAACGUCGAGACGCAGCAGUAUGUUGCUGCUGGCACUUUGAGCGCGCUAUCGUGCCUCGGCGAUGUGAUGGACUACGUCUCAAAGAACCGGAAGCUCUGUCCCGAAGAGAUGGCUACAUUCAUCGCAUCUAGAACUGCGUUCAUCAUGGAUCAGAUGCCCACUCUCACACGAGGAGUAGCUACGAUACCGCUAGAAGGCAUCGACGUGCCUUUCCAUAGCAGCUUUCUCCUACCAAAGAUGUCUGCCUUCAGGCGCGUACUUCAACAGUACAUUGAGCCUGGCGCCAUAAAUUCGGAACGCCUGGUUGGGAAGUAUAUUAGUAACGUCACUGGAAAGCCAUUUGAUAUUACACAUGAGGGAAUCAGUUCACUGCAUGAGUUGACUGGAAGCAUUGUUCUAGAGAAACUGUUGGCGGAGAUGAAGCCGUGA